UCUAUAGUUCUCCCAACAGCUGACAGUGAGUAAACAAACGUUCCAGAGAGGAGGACACUUCACGCGUAAAAUAUCCAGUGAAAUAAAGUAAUGGUGCAAGAUGUUCGGUUUUUCGGGACGUAAAGAUGAUAAAUCCAAGCAGCAGAAGAGAGGACAAGGCCGUAAAGGUGGCAAUUUGUCACAGUUUGGCCUCAUGGAAGUGCCUGAUAUGGACAACCUAACCAUUGGAGCAGAUGACGAUGAUGAUGAUGGAGAUUUGGAGGCAGAGCUGCUUGCCCUCACAGGGGGAGAAAGGAAACCUAAGAAAGCUCCCAAAAAGAUAGUUUCCCCACAUGAGCUCGACAAAAUGGUGAAUGAGUGCAUGCGGGAAGAUUAUGAUGACGAACUCUCGGACGAAGAUGACCCAGAGCUGCUGGCCGAGCUAUCCGCCCUGAGCUCCCAAGGCGGUGAUGAUGAACCAGCCAAGCCAUCCCCUCCCCCCACAGCUCCCUCCCAGCCUCCUCCCAACAAUAGCUACCGUAACCCAGAGCCGAGGGGGCACAGGCCUGCUCCCAUGAUGGGGGGAAGCAACUUAGUGAAUUUGCUGGCGGAGAGGAUGGCCAUGUACGAAGAGGCGGAAGCUAAUGCAAAGGCUUGUGGGGAGACUUCAAGAGCACGAAGGUUCAACCGGGGGCUAAAAACACUACACCAGAUGCAGAGGGCAGUCAAAGCGGGCCAGACUAUCAACGAAGAAGACAUCCCCCCUGUGGUGGUUGUGAAACAUAGUGCCAAGUCAGGGGGUUCUGGUACUCCAACAUCAACACCCUCUCCUGCUACUACAUCUCCUACAGAGGAUGCUGCACCCCCUCCAGUACCCCCUCACAACAGGAAUUCCUCAGCUUCUCUGGUUCAUGAGGUAGCCUUUCAUGACCCAAGAUAUCCCUCUCCCCGUUCGUCUACGAGGACAAGUCCGGUGAAACAGGAUUCCUCCUCCAACACCACUAACCGGCCUGCGCCCCCUCCCCCACGCACAACGCCUCCUUCUGGCCCUCCCCUCCAGCGCUCUAUGUCCUCGUCUGGACCAGCAAGUGCGGUGAGGACACGCCACACUGAAUACAAGAUGGCUGCUCUUGAUGCCAAGAAGAAGGGAGAUAAAGAAACCGCCAUCAUGUACAUGAGGAUAAUGAAGCAGCUGGAGCCCAUGCUGAGUGCAGCCGAGAGCGGACAGGCUGUGGACCUCGCAACUCUGCCUGGGCCGCCAGGGACGUUUGUGCUGCAGGCCUCACCACAGCCCAAGCCUCAGCCAGAGACAGUGUCAACACAACCAGUUGCUCAGGAUAAUGCCCCUGCUGCUGCACCUGUUGAUGCCGCCCCUGCAAGUGCCCCUGAUGGCCCUGCAGCUCCAACAACAGUCUUGGAGGCAUUAGAACAACGAUUAGCAAAGUAUGCUGAACAGCGAGACAAAGCAAAGAAUGAAGGAAAUGCCCGCAAGGAACGCAUGAACCAGCGCAUCAUGAAGCAGUUUCAGGAUGCAAUUAAGUGUCACAAAGCUGGCAAACCUGUGCCAUUUGAUGAGCUGCCUUGUCCUCCUGGCUUCCCUCCCAUCCCAGUUGGUGACAGCAAGCCACCACCUGCUGCAUCCGAUUCAGCUGCACCUCAGGCAGAUCCUAGCACAGGUGGACCUCCAGCUGCUAAACAGCCAAGACCAGAUGCUGCUCAAGCUGCCGAUGAGAGUAAAAAGACAGCACCAACACCAAAUGUCCGCAAGGCACCCCAGUCUCGCGUAGAAAAGCAAUUGGCUUUCCUCAUUAAGAGACAGAAUCAGUUCAAGCAAGCUGCCCUGGAAGCGAAGAAACGCGGAGAGAUUGAGCAAGCCAAGGAAUACCUUCGGAUGAGCAAGGGUUUCAACCAGCUCAUUGAUGCUAGUCGAGGCGGUCUGCCUAUUGACAUGAACACUGUGCCAGUGCCACCUCAAGAGCAGAUUCCUGCAAGUAGCAAUAUAGACUUUGAACUGGUGGAUGCAGAAGAUUGCGUCGUUGCUCCAGCCGGCGUCAGUGGAGACGCAGCAGUAACUUAUGCCAAGCUCGAAGAGGAUCUUAUUGCUCAGAUAAAAAUGUGUGCUCAGACCCGUGAACAUUUCAAAGCAACAGGGGACGUUGCAAGUUCAAAUAGAUUUGAGCAGUUGAUACUUCACACCAAAAAAGAUUUAGAUGCAGUGAGAGCAGCAUGUAAGAGAGGAGACACGAUACCACGUUUCCAUUACGAAAAUAGGUCCUUUACUAUAGUGCAAUGUAACACGGACUUGAAUGAUUCCGAUUGUGAAGCUUGUGUGUUGAGGGGAGUCAACUUCAAUGUCCAAAACCCCAAUGAUGUAGAUACAUAUGUAAAGCUAGAGUUCCCAUAUCCGUCUGACAACCCACCCCAAGAUCGCUCCAAUGUGGUGAAGGACACAAACAAUCCAGAAUACAACCACAAGGUAGUUUUUAGUAUCGACCGCAAGGCAAGAGCCCUCGCCCGUGUCUUCAAGAGGCAUGCUCUUAAGGUCCAGGUGUGGGCUAAGGGUGGUUGGUUCCACCGCGAUACGAUGUUAGGCCAAGUGAAAAUACCCCUGGUAGACUUGGAAACAAAGUGCACCAUACAUGAGUCUUAUGAUUUGACUGAUGAGAAGAAACGCAUGGUUGGUGGGAAGCUAGAGGUAAAAGUCCGUGUUAGGAAUCCUAUUGUAGCGAAACAGCUUGAAAAGGUUACUGAGAAAUGGUUGGUCAUUGAUGGAUUUUGAGAGAAACAUUAGGUUAAUGGAACACUUUUUUUUUCCAUGAAGUUGAUAGGCAUUUUAAAAUCGCUCUCUUUUCUCCAAACAGGUAAAAUGUAUCUAGCUUUGAAUUUGUUUUAGCAAGGAUUUUACCAAAGUUAGUUUUAUAUGACACUUAUUACCAUUUCUUUGUACAAUUUUAUAGCAAAACAAACAUCAAAUAUUUCUCCCAAGGAACAAUGUAACACAAAGUUUAUUUCUCUAGCAGAUUAUUUUUAAUCUGCAUUAUAGUUACCCCAGUGCAUUUUUUUAAUCAAGCUUUAUAAUUGGUAACCGUGUUAUUCACAGAUAAAUUAUCCUGUCAAAGCCACUGUCUCAACACACAUCAUCCUAGCUGCGUAGGAUUUCAGUUUGUCACACUAAAGGCCCUGUUGCAGUAGCAAUUUUUCUGUCAAUUUUUAUGGUGAUGCAUUCGGAAUGGUUUUCAAUUUAAAGACAGAAUUAACCAUCUUUCUUUUGUCACAUUUCUCUUAAUCUUGUGCUAUGGAGAAUCAGUACCACUUUUUUUUUUUAAGAUAACAUAGAAGUUCAUGUAAACCUACUUUUAUAUUUCAGAAUGUUUGUCUUUACAAUAUGGUAGAUUCCUUUACAAGAUUAUACUCAUUCAAAAUGAAAAUCUCUUCAUGAUUCCCAGCCCCAUUUGCAAACAUUACAUGCUACCUUAAAAAAUGGUUGUCUCUGCUUCCUGAUGUUUAGUGGACAAGGCUGUCUGAGUAUUUUUUGUUUGCAUGGACAAUGUGUUUGUUUACUUGUGGGAGUGAUUAUGUGCAAUUCUGAUAUAGUAGGACCAUUUGCAUACACAAAGUUUACAUGGAAGUGCAAAAUUGAUGAAAAAAAGUGCUAAUGUGAUAUGGCCUUAUUAAGAUUUGUUGUUUUAAGGGCAACUGCCUUCAAUGUCCUGCAAAAGAAAGGAAGAAUUUCUUUGCUAACAUUGGCUUCUUGAGAUAGGAGUUGCUCUGGUUUUUUUGUUUGUUUCUUGAGAUAGCAUUUGCUCCAUUUUUUGUUUGUUCUUAUUCUCUCUGAAGUAUCAUAUCUGUGUAAUAUCCACGUGAUUUUGACAAGAGAAGAAAAUAUGCAUUUAAAGUAAACCAUAUUAAAUAACCACAACAUGUAUAUCAUGUGCUUGGGCCAAGUUGUAAAUAGAAUAUUCAUAGAAUUUAUCAAUAAUGUUUUUAAAACCUAUUGCUUUUCUUUGGUACACAAUCAGGAAGUUCAGUAGGAGUAUGUUUACUAUAUGAUAAUUAUUUUCAUAAAAAGAUAAUCAUAUUACAUGAAAAAAAAAAUUAUGCCAUGAAAUAAGAUAUUCAAUAUUGUAUUUACAAUAAAGCAGACCAAAAUAUGUUUUCCUUGACUAUACCAUGCACUGUUUUAUUGAAUCGCAUUUGUUCAUCCAGGAUUCAGAUAUAUUGUUUUUGUCAUAAUUAGAAGGUGAACAUAUAUUCUACAGUGUUUACUGAAGGUCUAAAAAAUUGUGUGGAUAAAAUACAGUCCUCAUUAUAAGCCAGUUAUAGUCUAAUGGCUGAGGAACAUGCAUCCCCAAUAUUUAGUCAUGGGAUACAGUGCAUUUUGGAUGAAAUCUCCAUUUUGACUUUAAGUAGAUCUUUAUUAUCUACCUUGUGUUCUCUCUAGUUACCUCAUCUCUUGAUGUAUUUCCUUUUUUCUUUUCUUUCUUUUGGUCUGUUCUCUUAGUUAAUUUUUUUUUAAUGCCAUAGGUAUUCUAUAUAAAGUAAUAUUAAUGUUCCUUCAUUUUGCUCAGUGGAUUUGAGGAAUGGGGUUAAAAGCCUUGAACAUUCUGAAAACCCUCUGAAGCCAUCUGUUCCUGUUCCUGUUAGGUCUUAGCCAACAUGGUUCCUCAGGCCACUUUCACAUGAGUUAAUAUAUACAGUUAUCAGUUGUCUAUACAGGCAGCUGCAUGUUUACUAUACAGACAACUCUGUCACUGCAACUCAGUCAAGAAUAUAACAUCUAGUGAAGAGAUAAAACUUCUUUAUAAACCCUGGUUCUAAUGGUCAUUUACAUAACUAGUAGCACUGUGUGAAAGCUCCCAUUUGAAACAGUGCCCUAGCUUGUGUAUUAGAGACUGCUGUUGACAUAUGUGAAAGCCCUCAUUUAGAACAAAGUCUUGCUCAGAGUUAUGGCAACUGAUUUUCACAUUUAGUUGCCACUUGUGACGAUGGCUUUAGGUUCAGAAUCUUGCCAUGCUUUGCUUUAUCUGUAACACUGUUUUAAAAUGAGGAAGGAAAUUGUAAUUACUAUGUUCCAAGUGAUAAUUCCACAUAUGCAUAAUAGAAUGUAAAGGUUAUGGAUAUCUACUUUUUGUUUUUGUUUGUUUCUGCCAAUAAUUAGUGCCAUUUUUAUUUUAUGUGGAUUUAUUUCUGUGUUAAUACUCUUUAAAGGGCAAAUUUAAGUAGCAGUUUAGGCACAAAACACUAGAUCACACAAUUUAAUUUAUGCAAGAUUAUAUUUUCAGCCUAAUAAUGGAAGUUUUUUUUUUUUUUUAAUAGAAGUGAAUAGAUAAUUAAAAGUUUGUAACAUGAUAAUCUUCCAUAUUCCAAAAUCUUGAUUUUAUAAACUUUUAACUAUAAAAGAUAUGCAUAUGUUAAUGGAGAUAGCCAUAUUAUUUUAUUAUCUUUACUGCCAUCCUAAAAGGCAAUAUCUAACAUAUUGUAUUAGUAGCAAAUUAGGAUAUGAGUAGUGACUAAUAUGAAUUGAUUUUUAGCUAUGAUUAUGAGGAAGUUCAGGGAUAAUGUCAUAAUCCACCAUAUAUUUAUUAGGUAUUGGGGUUAAUAUGUUUCUAUUUUAUCUUUGUCUUUUUUUUUUUUCUCUCUCUCUUUUCUUUUUUCUUUUCUUUUUCAAAAUAAACCCAUUUUGUUUAUAUUAGAUGGCUCUACAAAUGCUUAGUCACCAAUGAUUCAGUUAGUAUAGCAUACAUGACUUCACCUGAGUUCACCAUUCCUUGAUUUCUUCUUCUUCUUCUUCUUCUUCUUCUUCUUCUUCUUCUUCUUCUUCUUCUUCUUCUUCAUCUUUCUCUAAUACAAUUAAUAUCAAUUCUGUGACCUCCCUGAUUUCUCCAUUCUUCACAUUUUCAGGAUUUUUUUUCCAAUUUAUUUGAUACUGUUAUUGUUAUUGUUUUUAUUUACAUUGUGAUUAUUAUAAUGGUAUUAAAAUGCUAAUAACAAUAAAAAAUAUAAAGCUACCCCUCCAUAAAUGAAGGAAAAGGAUAAACAAGUGAAAUAAGAGGAUUAGUAAUAGACUCCUUGGUGAUUAAGCUCAUGUGGAGCUGUCUUUGUGUAAACAAUAUUAACAAUCUAAAAUCACAUGACAUGCCGUCGUGGUGUCAGUGGGUUAAAGAAAGGGAAGGAAAAAAUUAUAUUUUGACUAAUAUGUUUUGUAUGCUUACUCAAAUCUAAUGCAAACUAAAUGUGAUAUUAUUGCCUAUUCAUUGUAAGUUAAAAAGUAUAGUAGACAUAGAUUAUACCAUAGAUUGGAAUUAGCAGGUGUUAGGUAAAGUAAGGACCUUGAUAUUGAGUACUGUAGGAAUCUAAGAUUUUAUUUUGAAUUCGAAUUUCAAUCAAAGACCUGUGGAACGAAGAGGAUUUUUAUUACACAAUUUUUUUUUUGUCUCCAAAACCUGGCCCAAAGUGCCUACAAUAUUUUUGAAUUGUGGAGAUUACACCUCAGCAUCAAGAAAUCUUUUAUUAUUAAUCCAAAAUCAUAAUGCCUGUUUAGUCAUGAUGAUUCUUGUAAUAGUUGUAUAAAUGGUGUUAAGCUUGUGGUGUCAUAGGUAAAGCAGUGUACUCUUUGUUAUUUAAAUCUUACCUUAUGUGUAAAAGGUGUGUUCACCAGGGGGUUAUUUUGAUAAUGUUCAAGAAAAAAUUCAUAUUGUUGGUAUUUGAUACUUCAACAGAUUGCUGCCAUGAGGAAGACUUGGUAAUGUGUAAGGAGUUUUUUAUGAAUGUAAUUUGUAAAUUUCAUCAGUAACUAAAAUAUUCAUUGUUCUGUUUUCUUGAAUUAUACUAAGAAAGUGUCAUUGAUAGUGUGGCAAUGAUAUAAGUUUUGUAGUAAGCUGGUAAAGUCUAGUGAUUUUGAAUUAUUAUUGUCUUAUAUUCUCCUUAGGGAUAAAAAUAUAUUUAAAAUGUUUUAAGAAAUUAUAUACAUAAGAUAUAAUAAAACAGGAAACCUUG